GAUUUUUUUGGUGAACAAAGUGGCUCCAGACCGCAGUUACUUUUGUGCUGUCAGUUUUACUAGACCAGAAGUCGCCUUAUGAGUGAGGAACGCUGCUGUGUCAGCUCCUCUGAGACCUGCCUGAACCUCGCACUGAAAAUGUCCUACACAUCCAAACUUCCUGCGUCCUGGAAUGACGGACCUCCUCCUCGGAAAGUGGAAAUUGACCUGAGCUCACCUGGUUUAGCAGUGUUUGAGUUGGAAAGGCUCCUGUUUACAGGCAAAGCCAUCAUCAGCCAUGCAGAUGAAGUGUGGCCGGGGCUUUACAUUGGUGACCAACGCAGCGCAGAGAACCAGGCUGAUCUAUCCAUGCAUCGAGUCACUCACAUCCUGAACGCGGCUCACAGUAAUCGCAGAGGACAGCCGGGCAUCUAUGAGGGCAUGAGGAUCACCUACAUGGGCAUAGAGGCUCAUGACUCCUGUGGGUUUGACAUGAGCGUGAACUUCCAGGCAGCAGCAGACUUUAUCCACAGGGCUCUCAGCAGAGGAGGCAAGGUGUUGGUGCACUGUCACGUAGGAGUGAGCCGUUCCGCCACGCUGGUCCUGGCUUACUUGAUGCUGAAGCAGAGCCUGACCCUCGUGGAGGCUAUCUGUGCUGUGAAAGAUAACCGAGGUGUCAUCCCCAAUCGAGGUUUCCUCCGACAGCUCAUCAGACUGGACGGCCAGCUCUUUGGCACACACUGA